AUGGUUGCAAUCACAAUUCUCGGUGCAGGCAUCACUGGCAUGGCAAUCGCCAGUCAGCUACCGCGGGACUAUAAGAUCACCAUCUUGGGAAAGCAUCUUCCCGGUGACCCUCUGAACAAAGACUUUGCCAGUCCUUGGGCAGGGGCUUGUUGGGUCGGAGUCCACGUGUCCAGUCCCCAGGACCAAAAGCUCCAGCUUGACUCCUUCGCUGCCCUGUGGAAGCUCGCAAAAGCCUACCCUGAGUCUGGAGUUCGAAUUUCGGAUAUGACCGAAAUUCUGGAGUAUGGCUCACCCGAAGACAUCUGGUAUCGAUCCAAAGUUCCUGGCUUCCGAUUACUGAGCAGGGAUGAACUACCAGAGGCCGCCAAGUUUGGAAUGACGUACAAAACCGUCGUUAUUUCGCCACCAGUAUUCCUGUCUUGGAUGAAAUCAAGACUUGAGGCCAGGGGAGUGAAGUUUGGGCGGAUAUCUGUCCAGUCGCUUGGCGAGCUCAAAGACUUCGGCCAUGACGUGCUCAUCAAUGCGACUGGGGCCCAGUCGAAGCACCUCAGGGAUGUUUCCGACUCCACCCUUGUUCCAUAUCGCCUUCAAUCCAUCAUCAUGGAGAAGGAGUACAACCAAGGGUAUAUAUAUCGAGGAAACAAUGGCUAUUACUUCAACAUGUUUGGUCGACCAGAUGGAACCACAUACGUCGGAGGCAUCAAAAUGCUAGGUAGCAGCGACCGAACCGUCUACGACUCAGAUCGUCAACUUAUCCUAGCUCGCGGGCAUCAGCUAUUGCCGGACCAGCUUCCUUCGUCAAACGCGAAUGACUACCAGAUUCUUUACGACAUUGCAACCACGUACUCUUUCAGACCCCAGGAGAAUGGUGGCGCUAGAAUAGAAAAGGAGAUUCUUGACGGUCAAAAGGUUGUGCAUGCAUAUGGUCAGGAGGCUGGUGGGUAUUGCUACAGUUUUGGACUCGGCAGAGCAGCGACCGAGUUAGUGGCGGACUACAUAUAUGAGUUGCCUACCCAGAGUCAACUAUAAGUGGCUAUGCCCAUCUCAAUAUCAACCGCAAGAGAUGCCUUCUCCUUACUGAAAGG